UUGGGCCAUGCUAAGGCGCGUGGUUUACUAUCGCGCUCGGUUAUAUCACCCGAGCGGCCGAAUCUUAACUGCGAGCAGCGAUAACGGUGAGGGUAUCGCGUAGCGAUCGCAAACGACACUAGUGGAUACGCGCGGGGCCCCGGCAGGAGUACCGCGUGCUCGCCUGCGAGAAAUCAACGGGAGCCAGGCCGUCCGCUACGCAGCACCGGAUCAACGACUCCAACAGCAUGCAGGCCGCAGCAACGCGACUGAACGUCGCUGCCCACACAUUUCUGAACAAUUAUGAAUCACCUCAGGAUAAAAGACGUCGAAUCUUAUUAGAACAUCAGAAGAAAUCCAGAGAAGAUAUUAUCAAUGCUGCACGUGGUAUAUUAGAAGAAAACUUCCUUUCUGAAUGUGAAGACUCUGUGGAAACUACACAAAAAAGAUAUACACGAGUUAUGUUAUCUGAAUGGAUGUUAGACGUACCAGAAAAUUUUACUGAAAAUUGGAUUAUGAUGCCAUGUCCAGUAGGAAAACGAACAGUAUUAGUAGCGAGCAAGGGCAAAACAGUAGUAUAUAAUCGACAAGGACGACGUCUUGCUACUUUCUGCUCAGCACUUCCAGGUGGAAACUAUAAGUCUCGCAAGUCACAGUACACUAUUGUAGAUUGUAUUUGGAUAAAAGAUCAGAAAAAAUAUUAUGUUUUGGAUGUGUUAGCAUGGGCCAGCCAUCCAACUAUGCUCUGUGAAGCUGAAUGUAGACGAUUCUUGGUGAACUCUCAUCUGAAAGAAAUAGAAGAAUUAAGGGAAGUCGAUCAUAAAAUAAAUAAAUAUCCCAUUUUAUCCUUACCGCACGUUAGUUGCGACACAGAUCUGAGUUUGGCUUUAGCGCAAUUUAGCAGUGAAUAUUCUUUGGAUGGAUUAUUAUUUUAUCAUUGUAAUGGAUAUUACAAGUUUGGCCGCUCACCACUUUUCGUAUGGUUGAAACCAUUUAUGUUACCUGAAGUACUUGGAAUAUUUGUACCUUCACCAUAUGAUGAAAAACCAGAUGGUUAUAUAGAUUACAAACAUUAUAUUUGCCAAUAUACUCAGAAUCAGAAUAAGAAAAAGUUGCUCCAAAAUUAUUUCGGAAUUGCUAUGGAUUGUACUUAAAAUAAGAUAUGAUAUAUAUUGAACAAAUAUUUAUCUAUGAUAUGUAUCUAUGAUAUGUAUCAAAGCAGCAGAAAUUAAUAGGACAAAUUCAUAUCUCACGUUGUUGAUUAUAUAAAAUAUUUUCUUAUUGACUUGGUAUACUAACAAGAUAUCAAUUUU